AUCGCCUCGGAGCGUACGCUCGAGCGUCUUCCAGUACGCGACUCGUGUGCACGAGGUAAACACGGCAUCCUAUGCCAAUUAGAAUGGAAUGAUACGUAAAGAGUGAGAGAGAAUUUCGUCGCUUCCAGUCAGCUCGAUCGCAGAAUCAGCCUAGACAUGUACGGUUUCGUGAAUUACGCUCUCGAGCUCCUCGUUGUGAAGAACUUUGGCAGCAAAACAUGGGAUGAGAUAAAGAAAGAUGCUGCUGUUAAUAUGGACGGACAAUUUCUAGUACGACAAAUUUAUGACGAUGAAAUUACAUAUAAUCUUAUAGCAGCCGCUGUUAAUCGAUUGAACAUUCCUGCAAACGAUAUAUUGGAACUGUUCGGACGAAUGUUCUUUGACUUCUGUCAGGAUUCCGGAUACGAUAAAAUCCUUCAAGUUCUUGGAGCAACACCUAGAGAUUUUUUGCAGAAUUUAGAUGCACUUCAUGAUCAUUUGGGUACUUUGUAUCCUGGAAUGAGGGCACCAUCUUUUCGAUGUACAGAAAGACCAGAGGAUGGUGCUUUGGUAUUGCAUUAUUACUCGGAUCGACCGGGUUUGGAAUACAUCGUUAUUGGAAUUGUUAAGACCGUGGCAAAAAAGCUUCACGGGACAGACGUGGACAUGGAGAUCCUGAAGACGAAAAACGAAUGUGAUCAUGUUCAAUUCUUGAUAACCAAUACAUCGGGACCUGGUGUCGUUUCGAAUUCUAUGAUCGUCGAACAUGAAAUGUUGUCUGCUGAACCAAAGGUGAGCCCCACUACGUUUUGCAGAGUGUUUCCUUUCCAUAUUAUGUUCGACCGGGAUCUUACGAUAGUGCAAACAGGCUACACCAUCACUCGUAUUUUACCACAGGUCUGCAGUGGUAGUUGCAAAUUAACCGACAUACUUUUUGCCGUCAGGCCGCAUUUGGAAUUAACAUUUGAAAACAUACUGUCACACAUAAACACUGUCUACGUGUUGAGGACUAAAAAAGGAGCGAUGCGUGUUGCAUCCUCGGAAGAAUACGCGUAUCUACGUCUGAAGGGUCAAAUGUUGUACAUACCUGAGAACGAUCUGACAAUUUUCCUCUCUUAUCCCAGUGUUAUGAAUCUCGACGAUCUUACGAGACGUGGUUUAUACCUAAGCGAUGUGCCACUACACGAUGCAACGAGGGACCUCGUCUUGAUGUCGGAGCAGUUCGAAGCGGAUUAUAAGUUGACAAGAAACUUGGAAUUACUCACCGAUAAGUUACAGCAGACGUAUCGUGAACUCGACGGUGAGAAGCAAAAGACCGACAGGUUACUAUACUCUGUAUUGCCGAUUUCCGUGGCGAACGAACUUAGGCAUUCGAGGCCAGUACCCGCAAAGAAAUACGAUUGCGUGACACUUCUCUUCUCGGGAAUCGUCGGGUUUGGAGCUUAUUGUGCAGCUCACACAGAUUCUGGUGGUGCUAUGAAGAUUGUUAACAUGCUCAAUCAAUUGUAUACUGCUUUCGACGUACUCACCGAUCCAAAGAAGAAUCCUAAUGUUUACAAGGUGGAAACUGUAGGCGACAAAUAUAUGGCGGUGAGCGGAUUACCAGAACCAUGUCGUUGUCAUGCACGAUGUAUAGCACGACUUGCGCUAGAUAUGAUGGAUCUUGCCGCAGAUGAGGUCCAAAUCGAUGGAGAACCUGUGAAAAUCACCAUCGGUAUACACAGUGGCGAAGUUGUAACUGGAGUAAUCGGACAUCGUAUGCCACGAUAUUGUUUGUUUGGAAAUACCGUAAAUCUUACCAGUCGAACGGAAACUACCGGAGAACCCGGUAAAAUAAAUGUUUCGGAGGAUGCUUACAGGUACUUGUGCAUGCCGGAGAAUCAAGAUCCGCAAUUUCUGUUGGAAUACAGAGGUCCGGUCACUAUGAAAGGAAAAUCAGAACCGAUGAACGUAUGGUUCUUGUCUAGAGAAGUGGAACUAAAUUCAUAACUCGAUCAUCAAGAAAAAUAUUUCUGUCCAUCACGAUCGCCGAGACUAUCGUUACAGCAAUAAAACAGGGCAUCCCUGUAGACCAUUAGCUUCUACACAAAAUAAUUUAAUGCGAAAUAAAAUCGCAAGACGAGCUCCGCGAGAUCCCUGUCUAUGAAAAUCGAUUAAUCUCGUCGUUUUUUUUUUUCACGAUAUGUUUAUGUAGAUAUCUGUUGCAUUUUUGCUCGUAGGAAAAAUUUACAGUUCCUCGACGUUUGGAUAUCCUAGCGUCAAGUGUUUAAAAAAUUUUCUUUAUUUGUUAAUUAUAUAUUCUAUAUUAUAUAUAUAUAUAUGUGUAUAUGUAUACAUACGUGUAUGUAUCUCGAGCGAUAAGAAAUAUAGUCGUCAGAAAUUUCAA